GUUUUUUCCAAGGAAAUCCACUACACUUCAUUUUCCGGGAAACCAAACAUCGCCAAUUCCGGCCACCAUGUGGGUGCAGAUUCUCUGCGGUCUCGUACUUUACAAAUUGUUCAAGCGAAUCUUCUACGACGACGACGAUUUGGACGUCGAAACCUCCGAUUCUAAUGCUAUUUUCUCAGUGGCUAAUAGAUUAGAAAAGCUUUACGGAGGAAAGGCAUACGUGGGGCUCCGAAUUCCGGAUCCGGAUACCGGUUCGCGACAGAAUAUUGAUAUUGUUCUUGUUACUAAAGGGGAGGCAGUGGUGGUUUCUGUGAAGAAUUUGUCAGGAAUUGUAUCAAUCAACAGAGAUGGCAGCUGGGUUUUUGAAGGCGACCAUCGGCACAGAUCGAGGCAAUAUCCUGAUCCUGUUGCGGAAGCUAAAAAACAAGCUUCAAUUCUUGAAGCAUAUCUUGAACAAAGGGGAGUUGCCCUGCCAGAAGGAUAUUUCUCGUACAAAGUGAUACUUCCUAAUCCAAAAUUUAGGUAUGUCAAUUUUCCGCCCGAGGUGAUUACCUUUGACCAGUGGACCCUAUUGAAACCAGAACAAAAAAGUAUGCUUUCGGGCUGGAUUAAGGGUGCCUUUCGUGGUGGAAAAAAAGAGAUGCAGGAAUCUAUUCAUCAGCAACUCAAUUUCAUUUUCUCCACAGCUCCAAUCUGGGACAGGUUGGAAGUUAAAGGUAAUAAAUAUGUACUAGGUGAGUUUCUUGAAUUUAAAGGGAAGCAAGAAGAUACACAGGCAUUGAGACCUAUCAAAAGAUCUAAAGUGAGCCGGUUGGUCAUCCAAAAGACUAGUAUGUUUGGAUUAGCCCCUUCACGCCUCCAAGUUUUGUACUGUCCUCGUGAUUAUCGAAGUGAGGGUACAUCAACUUCUUCGGAGUGGAAGGAAGUAACUGUGAGAUCAAGUACUGAAGUUUUAUUUCAGCCACAGGAUUCUAACAAAGUCCGUAAAUUCAAGCUAUCUUCAAUUCUCUCGAUGCAACUGAGUGCCUAAAGAUGCUUGUCUUGAAUAUGAAAUCUUCAUUGUCUGCUUUUCCAAAAUUUAGUCGCCAAUUUUCACUGUUGAAUCUAAAUCCUUGUUGAUUCAAUCAAUGAGGUAAUUGUUGAUUUAGAUAUUUUGUAAAUAUUUAUGUUGGAGAUAGAACGAAAAUUUAUUUAUCUCAACAGAAGAAAAGUGAAGAUGAAUCUUAUCCUUAUUGUUCUAGGUGUUUCUAAGAUCCUUUUAUUUCUUUGCAUGGAUGCACAGCUUCUCAAUAUUAGUAUCAAGGACUCUUCUUAUUAUAGAAAUAAAAAAAUUGGAGAAUCCAGGGCCCUUGGAUUUUUUAAUGAGAUUUUCUCGAA